CAAAAAAAUACUACAAGAAUCCAAAAGGAAAAGAAUACUACUCCAUAAAAGUAAAAAUGGCGAACGCUGCGCUUCUCUGGCGCCUCAUUCCGGCUGCGUUGUUGGCGGCGGCUAUCUUUCUCAGAGCUGCGGAUGCCGGCGUUGGCCCUGAGUGGAUCCCGUUGGAAAAUCGGGCGGCCUGCCGGGGAUCGAUCGCGGAGUGCAUGGCCAGCGGCGAGUUCGAGAUGGACACGGAAAGCAACCGGCGCAUGCUAGCAACCACGGACUUUAUCAGCUAUGGGGCGCUGCAGGCGGACAGGACGACCUGCUCCGAGCCCGGCGCGUCGUACUACAACUGCCAGUCCGGCGGCGGAGCUAAUCCCUACACGCGUUCAUGCACCGCUGCCACACAGUGUCGCAGUUGAAUUUCCUAACAAAAUUUCUACCUUGUUUUUUUCUCCGAAUCUUCUCUGUUGCGUUUCAAAUAAAUAUAUAGAUGUGAAAUUUGAUAAUUUCGCGUGGAGUAUUUCACAUUUAUUUUUACAUCAAUAUUAUAAGAAUAUGCAUUUCAAUUA